AUGCGUUUUCUGGUCUUUGCGUCAAGCCUGUAUUUAUAUUUACUUGCUGCUUUCGGAUGUUUGAUCUCUUGGAUGUAUCUUGUGAAUGAUGAACCAUGGCUAAUCGAUGAAAAGAGCAAUAGAGAAAUUUUAGGAAUUACAUCGGAUAUUUCUGUGGAUCAUUAUUUGGAAUCAUUACGAUCAGAAUUGUCCCCAUCAAAACAAGCUGUUGGACAAUCCAUCAAAACACUUCUUCGAGCACAUUAUCAAUUUUCUUGUCUUGUUUUUCUUCUUUCCAGCGUGUUGAUUUUAUUAAUUGUUUUUUUUGCUACUCGAAAUCGAAUGUUGACAUUACUUACACAUGUUGCUUUAGGCAUUUGGCUUAUUGCAUUUGGAUUUGUCAUGAAACCAAUGAAUGCAGGAGGUUCUUAUCAUGCUAAAAUAUUUUGGGCAGCUGUUGCAUCGAAUAUUGUUGGUACUAUUUUGUAUAUUUUGCAUUUAUCAACUUCAAGUAGUAAGAAGAGAAAUCAAAACACACCAACAGUAUCUGCAACAACUCCAACCAGCGACAAAAAGACUGAAUAA